UAGAGCUCUCCAUUCAAGAGAGGAUUUCAAACAAUUUUCUUCAGGGUUAUACCCUUAUUGCAUACCUCUGGGAUAUCAUGUUAAGGGAAGUACAGCUGUACAUAUUUUAAAGCUUCUAUAAUGCUUCAUUUCAUUCGGGGAAAUUGCAGUCUAUUAAAGAAAAGAAAUCCCAAAUGAUAUGCAAUGAAAUUUAAACCUUGAUAUCCAAAAAUAUUAAUUACUUAGCUACUGAUCAUGUAAACAUUUUUUUUCUUAUUUUGUAUCUGUCGAAAUUGUUUGUUUUUUUUCUAUACAUUUUUAAAAUUUUAUUUGCAUCCCAGUGAUCAAUAUAUUAACUUUUAUAUAUUUAUUUUAUUUUAGGAUUAUUGUUCAUCUUUUGGACGAAGGUGUUAAAUAUCUACUGCCUUAAUGGAAGUGUUUGUAUUGAUACAGCUUUGAAGUUUGGGUUCAGCAGUCUUGCUUGUAAUUUUACAGAGGAUGAUGUGAAGUCUUGGUUUGCAGAACCGCCAAAUGGGUUUCCUUGUGAGGAGCAGUGUUUAUCGUCGGUUAAUACAGUUCCCAAUAACAUAUAUAAACUGAGAAGGGGAAGAUUCCUUGUUAACAAUACCGUAAGGAGAGUACUAAAUGUCAACAACAGAUGUCAGAAUGAAUAUACAGCGAUUGAUAUAAACGUGAGCUGCAGUACGGAUAAGUUUGGAGACUACUUUGGACUUCUGUGUACAAGAGACACAGAUUGCGGGAGAGCCAAUACAUUAUGCAUUAAGUAUGGGAAAGUUGGAUCGUGCGAAUGUAGGGAUGGAUUUGUUCGGUUGCAUGGAGAAUGUAUGGCAGCUGCAGAAAAAAUCAAAUUGGUGAAAGAAACAAACACUGGAGUGAUAGUCGGAGUGGGAAUUGGAUGUUUUAUCUUUGGUUUCGUAGUCAGUCUUGGUAUUAUUCUUAUCUGUAAACAGAGAAAAAACACACCAGAGCACAAAGAUUUCAAAAAUGCUGUUGAUAAUCGCUCUUACGAGAAACAUAUUGAAAUCACAUCAUCAGGACAGACCCCCUAUACGAAAAAAGCAUCUCACCUGCCAUCAACCAUCAAAGAUGCUACCUAUUCCAACAUGAAAAGUGUUUCCUUGGAGGCAAAAGACGACAUCUAUAAUCAUCUGAACGAAAAAGGAAAGGCUACAGUUGAUCUAGAUGAUUAUGACCAUGCAAGUCGAGUUAUGGAAGAAAUGGAACCAGAUGAAAAUUACAGUCACCUUGCACAUGAAAAUGGAUCCUUAGAAAACACUGACCCUUAUUUCUCUUUGGAAAACCAUUUAUCUUGAAAAUCACGAUAUAUAAAAUCUUGCAACUGUAUACACCGAUACAUUUGCGCUUUACAAAAUAAAGCCGGUAAUGUAAAAUAGGAUGCUCGAUAUACUGACAUUUUGACCAACAUUGUAGAAAAAAGCCAUGGUAUUUCUCUCUCGCUCGGUCUCUCAUUCACAGGGAUUACCCAUCUUCGCAAGCCAAGGGUUUCUGAUACGCUCCUCAUGAACUCUUGGCAUACUGUGAAGUCAAAAGACGGGAUUGUUUUCGUCAUGUGAUCUCCAAAUCGAAGGCAAUAAUUGAGUUAUGUUUCUUUAUGAUUUAAAAUACGAAUCUGUACAGCUUCA